AUGGCAAAAGCUGUUUUCGGUAUAGCUGGAAAGAUUAUUGCUAAUCUGGUUCCUGAAGCAGUAGAAAAGGUUGGAAAGUUAUGUGGCAUCAAGCAUGAACACGAGGCACUCAGGGACACGAUCUCCACUCUUUUGGCUAUGUUGACGCUACGGAAGAGCAAUACCACCGGAUGCAAGUUCGGGUUGAUCAACUCGAUAGAAGCUUUCUCCGAUGCACAUGAUGUGCUUGAAGAAUUUAAUAUAGAAGCUAUGCGACGAGAACUGAGGGGCCAUAGUAAAAUGAUGAAGGAGGUAAGGACAUUUUUCUCAAGUUCAAACCAGCUUGGUUUUAAAAUGAAGAUGAGUUGCAAACUAAGAGCAGUGAGGGAGAGAAUAGAUGCCAUUAAGGCUGAUAAGGGGUUCCACUUUGACGAGUACCCCAAGGGAGAGCCGAGGAAAAGAGAAGAGACGCAUUCGUUUAUACGUGAGGGAGAAAUUAGAGGGAGAGAUGAAGAUAAGAAGGCGGUCAUGGAAUUUUUACUGGAUUCAGAUGUGCAAGAGAACGUUUCCAUUCUUCCAAUAGUUGGUUUUGGGGGGAUUGGAAAAACAGCUCUUGCUCAAUGUGUGUAUACUGAUGAGAUGGUUAGUAAACAGUUUAACUUGAAAAUGUGGGUUAGUGUCUCUGAUGACUUUGACAUGAAAAAAAUAGUGAAAAAUAUGAUAGCUUGUGCAAAGAAAAAAGAACCAACUGAGGUUGCGAUGGAACAGUUGCAAAGUGUGCUAAAGGAAGAGAUUGAUGGAAAGAGAUACCUAUUAGUUUUAGAUGAUUUGUGA